AUGGUUCCGACUCCGCGAAGCCACUAUGCUGGCUCGCGGAGUAACAAGCCCUGGCUCGAGAUCGUCCCGGACACGCGCUUCAUUGUCUUCCAUGGCACCGAACAUGAGUCCAACUCGGUGAAACUAAAAGGAGUGGUGCGUCUCCACACGUCCGAGGCCAUUAGCAUUCUCAAGCCCAAGGUCAGAUUAGAGGGCAAGAGGCGAAUACAAUGGUGGUUCAUGGCAGCCGUGACGGCUGGGGAGCAAGUAUGCAAAGGUGUCUUCUGGAAUGAGGAGCAGAAGCUGGGUAUCGAGAGCGCGCACAAGAUCAAGGUAUGUCUUUCGGAGGAUGCGAGAACAGCAGUGCGACGUCGUCGUCGCACUGCCUUGUCAUGGAGACCCUCGCUUGACUCAAAGUAUAUGCGCUGAACGAUUGUCUGCAGGCUGGAACCAUAGAAUGGCCCUUCGAAUUCGAGCUGUCGCCUGCCAUGCCAGAGAGCGUGGAAGGACUUCCUCACAACUACAUCGUAUACCACCUUCACGCGAGUGUCUCGAGACCCGGGUGGAAUGCGAAGGACCUCAUGGCACAAGAGCACAUUCGAAUUGUUCGGACCCUGGGUCAAGAUAGUAUGGAGAUGACUCGGUCCAGAGUGAAUGCCGACAUCUGGGCGAAUAAGAUUUCAUACAGCAUCAGCAUCCCCACGGAUGCUAUCGUCUUCGGCACAUCGAUCACGGCAGACGUGGAGCUAUCACCGAUUAAGAAAGGACUACGGUUAGGUAAGGUGGAACUUCGCCUGAUGGAGACUGUGGUGAAGCGAGUCACUCAAGCAGACGAUCCGAAUUUGAGAGCGGACAGACAAAAGACGGAGGAAAACGAGGUGGCCAAGGCAGACAUGGACUUUCCGGAGGACUCGCGAGUGAUGUAUGACGACGAAUCGAUCGACAAUCCAGUGCUGGCGGACGAAAUGUACAAGUUUCAGGCAACGCUUCCCCUACCAAAGUCCCUGAACGUAUGCCGACAAGACGUCGACAACCACAACAUCAACGUCUCGCACCGAUUCAAGCUGAUGGUGAAUAUUCACAACCCGGAGGGUCAUGUCUCGCAACUGGUGUGCAGGCUACCUGUGAAACUGUUCAUCUCACCCAAUCUGCCGGUCGAUGAGAGGAAUGAGGUGUCUGCAAGUCCCAUCAAUGGCGUAUCUGAGGGAGAGCUGAAUAGGGGUGAAACGCAACUAGUUGCACCACCAGAGUAUGGACGUCAUCAGCUGGAUCAGAUGUAUAGCGACAUCGAUGUGAGUGGCUUCAUGAGUCGGGCUGGUAGCGGGCCCAACACGCCGGCCGGCAUUUUCGCACAGAGUCGGAGAGGCUCGCACGAGAACGUGCUUUCGAUCAAUGGUGUUGCAGACAGCGACCCGUCGAUACAUCAUGGAAGCGCGAUGCCUUCAUUGUUGCGCUCGCGGUUAGCGGACCUUCAGGAGAGCAACGGCAAUCAGACAGGAUAUCGCCAAUCGCAAGUAACCUCUCGCAACCACAGUCCCUCUGGAGGGAACUCACCUGCACCUGGUAUGGAGAGCAAUGGCCAGAGCACACACGAUCAUUCGCCUGAGAGGUGUAGUAGCCACCCGCGACUUGUCAGUCUAGUGCCCAACGGAACUGGAUCAUAUUUUCCAUCUACGACCGCUUCUGCGGGUCAGUCGCCGCAUGGAAGCGCUCCGUUGUCGCGUAGGGCGUCUGAUGAGCACAAUCCCGAGAUACACGCACAAGACUACGACAUGGACAACCUGAGUCGGGUCCCAUCGUACGCCGCAGCGCUGCGAACGCCUGGGGCGAUCACUCCCUUCACGCAGGGUCCACCGUCCUACGUGGAAGCCACCAGUCGACCUCCCUCCCGCGCAGGAAGUCCGAUUCAGCGACCAGGACAGGCACAUGUCCGGAGUGGCACCAGUUCUCCACAACCACAACCUUCCGGUACACCCAAUGCUCUCGGCGCGCUGGGGAAUCUGUCGCUCUCGUCGCCCACGGCACCUCACCCACCUACCCACGAAGAGGCCGACGCGCGGCUCCGAAUGCUUCGCGCAAGGACUUAG